CCCGGUUGGCUCCUUCUUGCCGUCACUGACCUCCGCAGGCAGUUUGCAGGACACUCCCUCAGCGUGCUUCCAGCGGAUCCGGCGUCUCUGCAUCUGCCCACCGUGGCUCCCACGUGCGCGGAACUAAUGCCCACGCUCGCCGCCGUUCGCCGCGUUGCUCCGGAGCCCGGGUCUCCAGCAGAGAGGGGCCGGGGACUUUUCACGGCCACUCCUGUGUCCAGAGUACUGAAUGGGUGACACAGUUUUUGACCACACUGCCAGUCUGAUCAUUCAGCCUAAAUUGGAGUUGGCUGGUAUAAUUCUGGGCACCUCCACAUAUUUCCAAGAGCAAAGAAAAUUAAUGCAUCAUCUGUGAUGAUAACAUUUGAAGACCUGGCUGUGUACUUUACCUGGGAGGAAUGGCAGAACAUGAACAAAACUCAGAAAACCCUAUACAAGGAUGUAAUGAUGGAGAUCUACAGCAGCCUGCUCUCGUUGGGACACUGCAUGACCAAACCUGACUUGAUCUUCAAGUUGGAGCAAGGAGCAGAGCCAUGGAUAGUGGAAGAAUGCCUAAGUCAAAGCCUUCCAGUUGCCAUGAAAUGGGAUUACCUGACUAAGACACACCAGGAAAGUGAAGACACAAAUUUGAAUCAGGAUGGUAUGAAAUAUAACAAGACAUCAAAUCUCAAGAGAAUUGUAUUAAGAAAAACACUCAAUUUAAGUUCAAGCCAUAUUCCAAAACUGAUUAUCAAGAAGGGAACCUAUUCAGGAAUGAAUGCUGAGGAAUGCAAUGUGUUUCAAGAUGUGUAUCCCCCUUGUAGGCCUGGAGAUAAAUUUGAUGCCACUAAGGUACCUGGGAACUCUGUCCAGUGCUAUGACCCAGUUAGUCAGCAUUGCAAGAUUCAGACUGUGAAGCAGUCAGUUGAACAUAUUGGACAAGGGGAAACCUUCAAUAGGAAGAAGAUACUCUGUACAUUUGAGAGGGUUCAUAAACGAGAUACAAGUAAUAAGUCAACUGUCACUGUUGGAAAAGCAAUUCAAAUAGAAAAAGCUCUCUAUAAAAAUUCUAAACUCAGUAAGCAUCAACAAACCCACACAAGAGAGAAACUUUCUGAAUAUAUUAAGUCUGUGGAACAUGUCAUUGACCAAUCACAUCUUAAAGUAAAUCAGAGACCACAAAUAGGGAAAAAGCCCUAUGCUUGUACACUUUGCCGAAAUUCAUUCAGUUAUAAGUCCUGCCAUACCAUUGAUCACUGUACUCACUUACAAGAAAAUCCUCAUUUAUACAAUGAAAGUGGAGAAAACACUUACCAGAAGUCAGAUCUCAUUAGACAUCAGAAAAUCCACAGGCAGAGGAAACAUCGUGAAUGUAAUGAAUGUCAAAAAAUCUUUCUCCAGAAAUCAAACCUUAUAACACAUCAGAAAAUUCACACAAGAAAGAAGCCUCAUGAAUGCAAUGACUGUGGAAAAGCCUUUUGUUAUAAAUCACAACUCAAAAUACAUCAGAGAACUCAUACAGGGGAGAAACGUCAUGAAUGUAAUGACUGUGGAAAAGCCUUUGGUUUUAAGUCACAUCUCAUACAGCAUCAGCGAACUCACACAGGGGAGAAGCCUCAUGAAUGCAGUAACUGUGGAAAAGCCUUUGGCUCUAAAUCACAUCUCAUACAGCAUCAGAGAACUCACACAAGGGAGAGACCUCAUGAAUGUAAUGAUUGUGGAAAAGCCUUUGGCUCUAAGCCACAACUCAUACGGCAUCAGAGAAUUCACACAGGAGAGAAACCUUAUAUGUGCAAUCACUGUGGAAAAGCCUUUUGCUAUAAGUCACAACUCUUAAUACAUCAAGGAACUCACACAGGGGAGAAGCCUCAUGAGUGUAAUGACUGUGGAAAAGCCUUUGGCUUUAAGUCGCACCUCAUCAUACAUCAGAGAAUUCACACAGGAGAGAAGCCUCAUGAAUGCAGUGACUGUGGAAAAGCAUUUGUCUGUAAAUCGGGCCUCAUACGGCAUCAGAGAACUCACACAGGGGAGAAAUGUCAUGAAUGUAAUGACUGUGGGAAAGCAUUUUCCCAGAAAUCAAACCUUAUAACACAUCAAAAAAUUCACACAGGUGAGAAACAUCAUGAAUGUAUUUACUGUGGGAAAGCCUUUUUCCAGAAAUCAUGCCUCAUAACACAUCAGAGAAUACACACAGGGGAGAAACCUUAUGAAUGUAAUGACUGCGGAAAAACUUUCAGUCAUAAGUCCCACCUCCAGACACAUCAGAGAAUUCACACAGGAGAGAAGCCUCAUGAAUGUAAUGACUGUGGAAAAGCCUUUUCCCAGAAAUCACAACUUAUAACACAUCAGAGAAUUCACACAGGGGAGAAACGUCAUGAAUGUAAUGACUGUGGAAAAGCCUUUGGCCAAAAGUCACAUCUCCUCCUACAUCAGAGAAUUCACAGGAGAAGAAACCUUUUUAAUGACUGAGAAAGCCUUUUAUCAUAAUUCAACUCUUAUUACACAUCAUCAAAUUCAUACAGGGGAAAAUCCUUUGAAUGUAAUGCAUUGGAAAAGUCUUCAGAAGUCACACCUCAUAAGACUUCAGAGAAUUCAUAUGGGAUUCACAUUGGGGGGUGGGGAACCUCAUGAAUUUAAUGAGUGUAGGAACGCUCUUUGCCAAAAUCACACCUUAUAUCAGAGAACUCAAAAGGUGAAUACUUAUGAAUGUAAUAAAUGUGGAUUAGCUUUUUUUCCUUCAGGAUAUUUCAUAACACAUAAGAAAAUUCAAAGAAAGGAGAGUCCUUGAGAAUAUAAUGAGUACAGAAGAGCUUUUUCCCAAAAUCAGUUUAACCAUUGUGACAGAGCCUUUUGCUGAAAAUCACACCUCAUGCAACAAGAUAUGCACAUAGUGGAGAAAGCUUAUGAAUGUCAUUAGUGUGAAGAAAGCCAUUUGUCAGAAACCGAUCAUCAUUGUGCAUCAGAAUUCACCCAGGGGGUUUUGUUGGAGUGUAAUGAAUGUGGAAAAAUAUUUUCCUGGAAUUCAUGCUUGGAGAAAUAUCAAAUUCACAGAAGGUGAUAUCUUUUGAAUGCAGUAAAUAUGAGAAAAUAUUUAGCUAGAAACUAGACCUCAAUGGACAUCAGAGAAUUCACAAAUUAAACAUUUCAAUGUAAUGAAUAUGAAAAAAAAAUCUGUCAUAAAUCAGUCUUGAAUUCCCAUGAAGACUCUCAGAAAUGAGAAAACAUGCAUGCAUAGUGAAGCCCUGUACCAUAAGUCAUCUCUCAAAGCUUAACUGAGAACUCACACAUAGGAAAACUCCUAUGACCAUAAUUUAAUUUGAAAAAAACCAUUACUGUAAGACAAACUCAGCAAACCUUAACAAAAUUACAAAGAAGCCUCUGAAAAAGUAUUGUGUGUGGAACAAUUCUUUGGUGGAAUCACACCUCAGCACAUAUUAGGCAAUUUACAUGAUGGAAUUAUACUGUGAGACCAACACUGGUUAAUUGUUCUUUAGAAACUCUUUUUUAUCUUGUUUAUCUUGUUAUCUUGUUUUAAGUUUCCCAUUAUUGUUAGACCAAGUAAAUGAACUACGCUCUCAUGUAUAAAUUUUGCUAACAAAUAUUCAAUCUGCAACACUUAUUUGAAAUACCAUCUUUAUUAGUUACAAAAUUAUUUUGUAUAGCAAUUUUGUUAUCUGCCCAGGACUCUUUCCCUAUAUUAUUGUAGUAAAACCACUGGUGUGACCAUAGGCAUGUCAACUGACUAUGUUCCAACCAUGAUACUCUACCCCAACCCUGAAUGAUGAGUGCUAUGUCCAGCAUAUUGAAUGAGUCUCUGGUGAUCUGUAUACUUACGAGAAUUUUCAAAUUACCUGGAUUAGGCAACACUAACCAAGAUGUGUUUGUAUAUUCAAGCAGGUGUUAUCCCACACAUCACCAUCAUUCUAUAAAAGGACAACCUCAAAUCUUAUAAAUUGCAGCACUUCUCAUCUCUUGAAUUUUCCUGUAUUACUGAGUGUAUACAGUCCCUUUUAAAAUCUUUCAUUCAUGAUCCCCUGUUUCUAAUUUUCUUCCUUAAAUUCCUUCUUGCCCAGACAUAAGAACUUGGACUGAAGUCUAUUCAGAGGGUACCGAUUGCAACAGAGAAAUGGGUAUGUCAAUGUAGUUUACUUUUGUGUUAAUAUAACUUUAUAGUGAUUUUGUGGUAAUCUUUUUGGUUGUAUUCUGCCCUCCUAAAGCUGACCCUCAGCUUCGUUGAAAAUUUGUAUUUUCAUCCCUUCGCCAUUUACACAAUCUUUUUAAGAUUUUAGUCAGAUAUAUGCACAACUCAGACCUCAGAAUAUAGUCAGGAUAGACACUACCUAGGAUGUGUGUCCAUUUCUUGGUGACUUGGCUGCAAAUGCUAUGAUCAUCUAGCUGCAGUAGAUCUUUUAUUUUCCAUCAGGAGGACAGUCCUGCCAGUCAUCCCUUCUGCCUCAAAUACUACCCAGUGAGAAUAGCUCACUAUCCUUUGUCAAGUCUCCUAGGCUUCUUCCAACAGUUCAUCAUAUCAAAUCUCAGGAUAAUCCCAUAUUUAAUAGAAAAUGAAUGGUGUGGCUGAUGGCAGUUCCAGUGAGGUUGAAUGGUUUGCUGGACUGCUGCCAAUGGGGCAUAUUCUAUGUUACUCAGAUCUCAUCUAAAAUAUUGCAUGACUGAGGACUUGUUUUUGGCUCCCAGCUAAAUAUGUUUUUUUUUUUUUUCAUGGAAACUGGAUGUAUUAUGUUGAAAAAAAUUUCAUACAUGUGAUUGGGUUAGCCUGGGUUUUCUGUGUAACCCUGGCUUCAGUCACAUGUGCUCACACAAUCCAAAGGCCAAAGGAGGUUUAUAUUCAAAGAAAAUAGAAAUUGAUGUCACCAUGAAGCCAAGAAUGAAAGUGGUAUAACCACAAGCAAUGACAGAUGCUACUGGAAGCUGGAAGUGGCAAGGAACAGAUUAUUCCCUUGGGACCAGAUGGAGCAUAGACCUCCCUGCAUUUCAGCUUGAGCCAGAGAGAGUGAUUUGCUUUCAUCUUUUAAAUAGUGACAAUGCAUUUACCUUUUUUCAGUUAUCAAGUUUGUGAUCAUUUCUGAUAGUAACAAUAGGAAGCCAGAUUCUCUUGUUACUUCCUGGAGGUAACUGAAAUUUCAUGAAAUAGAUGAGCAUGAUCUCUGGGGGUAAAAGUUGAAAGACUGAUCAGAUAUGGAAACUUGACGGAAGUGCUAGUAGGGUCAACAUCAAAUUGAUUAGGUAGCUUCCUGCUCCAGAUCUCAGUAUUAAUACAUGAUUAUUCUUUCCUUAAAAAAGUCAUUUCUUAUGUCUAAAUGGAGUUUUGUUUUUUGUUUUUAAAUGUUUCUGAUCACUGAUGUCUCAAUAAAUUCACCUCUCCUCAGCUCAUUGUCAUAUGUUUUAUUUACAAAUAAGCCUGAGUGACAAGAAGAAGAAAGUUAUCUUCAGAAAUCCCUAAUUUCUCUGUUGUAGAUUUGGUGUAUGAUUCUUAGAUUAAUUAUGGUUUCUAUUGACUGAGGUGCUGGUUAAGUUUUUGACUGAUCUUGACACAAUCUCUUAUGCUUGGUAGUUUUACAUUUUCUGGCUCGGCAUCUUGUUUUCUUAUCUGAAAGAGUUUCUGGUUUUCUGUAUGGACAUUGUAUUAUUAUCUAUGACUAGAUAUGUGUAGGGGAUGUUUUUACUGCUUAGAUUUCCUUCCAUCUUAGUUCUAUUUUCUUCCAAAACAGGGCUGAGACAGGAGCACAUAUGAGUGGCUUCUUUAGGACCUGGCACCAGAGGAAGAGUGAGGGCAUAGAAAAUGUUAAAAAGGAAAGCAAGUUCACAGAAGAAAGUGCUGCUGAGUAGGUGGCUAAUGUGAGUUCUCCUUAUCACUCUGAACUAGUAUAGAGGCAAGAAAUCGCUGUCUACUGAUCUGCUGAGAUUUGAAAACUGACCGUUGUGUGUCACUGGAUAUUGUCUUUGACCCCUUUAUAGUCCUGUUAACUUCAGUGAGCUUUAUUAAAGGCUAGCAUAAUCAGUUGACAUGAGUGAAAGAGCUUUGCAGGAUUGUUAUAGAAAAAAGUGCUUCCUGGGGUCGGUGCUGUGGCAUAGCAGAUAAAGCCAACACUUGCAAUGCUGGCAUCUCAUAUGGGCACCGGUUUGAGUCCCAGCUGCUCCACUUCGAAUCCAGCUCUCUGCUAUGGCCUGGGAAAGCCCCAAAAAAAGUGGGAGAUGCCCCAAGUCCUAGGGCCCCUGCCCCCAUGUGAGAAACCCAGAAGAAGCUCCUGGCUUCAGAUCAGUGCAGCUCCAGCUGUUGCAGCCUUCUGGGGAGUGAACCAGCAGAUGAAUGAUUCUCUCUCUCCUUGCCUCAGUCUCUCUUUAACUCUGCCUUUCAAAUAAAAUAAAUAAAUCUUUAAAAAGUGUCUGGUGAUGAAGAGCAGGACAUAAUACAGACUCACACAGUAGAAACACAGUAGGUAACAAGACUGAAGGAAUGGAAAUUUGCAGACAAUCAUUACAUAUGACUUAGGUUUAAAGUUAGUUGUUUUGGGAAAAGGUCUUUGGUUUAGUACUUAAUAACACACUUGGGAUUUCCACACCCCAGUCUGAAUAUCUGCUUUUGAGUCCAGCUCCACUUCUGAUUCUAGCUUCCUGGUAUGCACAUAUUAGGAGGCAACAGGUGAUGAUUUAAAUAUUUGGACCUUGCCAAUCAAAUGGGAAACCCAGAUCUAGUUCUAGUCUCCUGGCUUUAACUGUUCUGGCCCAGCUAUUGUUAGCCUUUUAGGGUUAGACUGGAAGACAAAAGAUUAUUUUCUGCAUCUGUCUCUCCCUUGCAAAUUAAAAAAAAAAAUGCUGAGGAUUGUUUAGCUAAUUUUGUUAAUUCCUGUUCUCCUUUGGGUAAAGAAUCUGUCCAUAGGUUCUUAUGUCUGCCCCUAUGGAGAUAAGAGCAGGUGAGACAGUGGCUCAGUUGUGAGGGUCCAACAAAAAGACACUCUGGGUGGGGUCAACUAUGGCUUCUCAGGAAUGGUAAUGUAUAAGUAUAAAUCCGGAGAGUGGAUAUUGAAUAAAUACAGCAUUUUAAAAAUGUAUACUACAAUUUAACCCUGAAAUUCUUCACAUCAGAUUUGGAAUAAAGCCUUUGGUAUAUUUGAAUGGCCUGGAUAGUAAUAAAGA